AUGAGCUGGGCUCAACAACGAGAAGCGAUUAGAAUUGCAGCCGAGGCCGGGGUCAGGGCGAGGACCUCGGCGGCAGGCUCAGAAACCCUUCCUUUGACACACCACCACCUCCGCUACGCGAUGCUGAGCCGCCCGAACGGCGAGCUCACGAGGGCCGGCCAGUACUACUACCAACUGAUCGGCCGGCCGCCCCCCAGCCGGCAGUACGACCGCAACCAACCCCUCAUCCGCGAGGGCCCCAACGACUACAUCAUGAUCCGGGGCGGCGCCAAAAAGCUGCUCCGCAGCCUCCAGCCCAACGGGAACUACCACUUGACCAAGCUCGGGAAGAGCUUCUUCAAGGACAAGUGGGUCGACUGGGUGGUGCACGUGCCCGUCAUCAUCCGCGGCAUCCGGCGAAACGGCCGGAACCGCGGCAUGCGCUACGAGCGCACGAAGCGCCUGCCCGUCACGGACCUCAACGUCACCCUGUCCCGGCAGAGCGAGGGGCUCUCGGAUGCCCAAGCGGCCCGGAACCUCAAGGCGUCCGCGCUCGCACAGCUCGGGAACCCCGAGCCGAACGACAUUAUUUGGGAGCUGUCCGACGAGACCUACUACCUGGACGCAACGAGGGAGUGGACCUUCAGCCAGCAGGCCAUGCAGGUCGUAGACGACCAAGUGGUGCUGGACACCGUCCUGGAUCAGCCCCUAGGGGUUCUGCGGGAGGUCUCCUACCAGCUGUACUGCGGCGACGAGAUCCUCGAGUCCGCCUUCGAACAGCGGCCGGACAAGCUUUGCGUCCCUCGGCAGCUCGCGGAGCUGAUGCGGCUGCCGCUGCAGGAGGUGCUUUCGGACUUCGACGCAAUCUGCACCAAAAAAACGUGGCGGGAGCAGGGCAUCACCCCCCGAGAGAUCCGGGAAUUCUGCCUUUGGCGCCAGGCCCCGAUGUUCUACGUGGACUGCCAGGGCCGCCUGCUGGACAAGUACGAGCCUACCGUCAAGGAGCAGCGGGCCGUGGCCUUCACGAGCUGGAACGGCCACGCCUUCUUCUACAAAUCCGCCCGCACCGUCGCGAAGUGCGAGCCGAUCGGGGAGCGGGCCAGGUACCGGGGCGAGAGGAAGCCCGGCGAAACGCCCGAGUUCAAGCAUUGGCGGGAGUGGGAGGGCGAGGUCGCCAGCGGUCAUUUCUACACUGAAGACCUGGAGCAGGUCCGGAGGGAGCUCCUGGCCGAGGGGCACUGCCCGAAGGUGGUCAUGCGAAGCAUGAGCGAGUGGCGGUGCCUGCGGCUGAGGGUGCGGGGCGGCGAGGACUGCGUCAUCUCCACCUUCCACGAAGACCUGGAUGGGGCGGCUGGGGCUCCCCUAUUGCGGGCAGCGUCUGGCGGGCGCCGCGAGCGAGGUCUUCCUUCACCUUCUCAAGGCCCGCCGCGAUCCGCCCGGAUCUCGGCAAGCCCUGCUCGCGGAGCAGGACCACCAGUGCAAGCUCUGCGCGGCCCCCAUCACCGCAACCACGUGCGAGUUGGACCACAUCGUCCCCGUGCACCAGUCCUUCGCCGCACAGGCCCAGAACCUCCAGGCACUGUGCCUCGAGUGCCACCGGAACAAAACGGCCCUGGAGUCCUCGCACGCCACGACACUGGAGUCGCGCUUCAGCCGGCGGGCUUACGAGCAGUACGUGGAAUCGCCUCGACUCCCACCGCUCGUCUUCAAGCUCAACAGCCACAAGCCGGACCACAUCUGCCACGGUAUAGACGUGGUGCGGUGCCGCAAGAACGGUCUGGCCCAUGCCAAGUUCCCCGCGCCCAUCUUCUGCCCCAAGGACAACGUGGAGCAAGCCCGCGAAGGGCACCUGGCGGACCUGACCUACGUGAGGCUCCGGGAGGACGGGCGUUGGGCGGCGUUCAAGCAGCUCCCCUACGUCGGCCAGGGCUGGUACGCCAAGCCUGCGGUGGCCUACAUGCUGGAAAAGGGCCUUGCGACAUGGAGCGACUUCGUGUACAGCCUGGACGCCACGGCGCACGUGGACCAGGAGUCCGUGGCUCAGGCCCUGCAGAAAAUGGAGGCGGCUUGGCCGGAGGGAGAGGAGCACUACGCGAAGCUGUCGGUGAAUGCCCUCAUCGGGCUCUGGGCACGCAACAUGAACCUCAUCUACACCAUGCGCACCAGCAACCACCAGUUCGACGGGUCCGGGUGCCAGCACCGGGAGCUGUUCCUGGACGCCGCGGGCGGGAUGCACUGGGAUCACAUCUACGUGACCCAGUUGUUGUCCAACCGGAGCUGCCGGCCUGUGCACGACUUCGUGAUGGCCUCGGAGUACGUCGCCGUCGGGAUGCACUCGCAACCGUGCCGUCAAGGUACCUGAAGGCCGUUAAAACGGACUGCGUCGUCUUCCAGGACCUGCCCAAAAAGUUCCAGCGCCUCGUGGACAGCCUGGUCCGCGAAAGGCAUCCCGACGGCACGCCCGUGUACCGAUGCGAGGAGGUCAAGGGCCUCGAAGGCCAGUAUCGGAUCCCCCGAAUCGAGGCGGAGUGGAUGUGCAACAUUGACACCUGGAAGGUCGCGGAGGAGCUUGUGCUCCACUGCCUCGAGGGCGGGAGCCUGCUGCUGACCGGCUACCCGGGCACCGGGAAGACCCACCUGGCGCGCCAGAUCGUGACCGCCCUCCGGGAAGAAGGGUACAAGGUGAAGAUCAUCACGAAGACCCACUCCUCCGUGCAGAACUUUGGAAUGCAGGCGGAGACGGCCGACCACUGGGUGCGGAGCACCGUCCGGAACGGCUACUGCAACAUCGACUGGCUGGUGGUGGAGGAGAUUACGCAGCUCGACACGGGGCUGUGGAACGACAUCGCCUGCGUCUCCAUGAACCGCAAGGUCAAGUUCCUGCUGCUCGGCGACUUCCGCCAGUUCCCCGCCGUCAUGGACAACUUCGCGGGCACCCCGGUGCAGCGGGAGCUCAAGCACUGCCAGCUGCUCCACGACCUCACCGACGGCUGGCACCACGAGCUCACCGAGAACAGGAGGAGCGACCCGGGCAUCUUCGACUUCCUCCGGUGGCUCCGGGUCGACGAGCCCCGGGAGCAGUCCCUCCCGGAAGCGGUCCGGGCGGCCCGGGAAAGGUUUCCGCGGCAAGGCGAGCCCGAUGUCAGCCUGGGCGCGGGACAACCGUCGCCUGGCCCCGCCGGAAGCUGUGACGAUCGAGUACACCGGCACUGGCCCGACGACCACCAACAUGCCGCAGACCAUGCGGGUCUGGCCCGGCCUGAAGCUCAUGGGCGUCGGCGGCCGCGUGACCAAAGGCAUCUACGUGCAUGUGGCAGAAGUGGGCCCCGAGAAGAUCGUCUUGGACGGCGGCGACUCUUUCACCCAUGCCGCCCUCCUGAAACACACCCGGCUGUGCCACGCCAUCACCUACGCCUCGUGUCAAGGCCUGACGCUCGAAGGGCGGGUCUUCCUGUGCGACACCGAGAGCCCGCACUUCACCCUCAAGCACCUCUAUGUGGGGAGCAGCAGGGCCACCAGCAGCGAGCUCCUGAGCGUGCUCUAGAACGGACACUGAAAGGCCGGGGCUUCGGCCUCUCUCAGCUGCAGGUCCGUCACUUCCAUCAGAAGCCCGCACUGGCCCGACAUUAG